AUGUCAUUUCCUUCACUGGACGGCAACGAGCCACUCCCUGUCCGUCCCAGGACCGCUUCUACCACGCGAGCUUCACGUGGAGACUCUAGGAGGAAGUCUAUUUCAUUUAAUAUUGGCGGUUUCGAAUCCCUGCCUCCCAGUCGCUCGGCUAGUGUCUCAGAUCGCAGGCGUUCGCCUUCACAGGUGCCUGCUGAGAGGGAGGCUAGACCUGUUGUUGGUGCUGCUGUGCGCGGCCCAUCCCCUCCUCCACCCAAGACCUACGAGCGGGGCGUCUCCUUCGAUACCUUUGAUAAUCCUGAUGCGGCAGAUUUCUCCUUGACUCUGAACUACAAACACAAAGGAUACCAGAGCACGCGACGCAGUCGGACAUUCCUUUGCGGCACAGAUCAGAACGACUAUUCCGAUUUCGCGCUCGAGUGGCUCAUCGAUGAGUUGGUUGACGAUGGCGACGAGAUCGUCUGUCUCCGUGCGGUGGAAAAGGACUCCAGUAUCGCGAGUGACGCCGCAGUCGAGGCGGGAAAAUACCGCAAGGAAGCAGAGAAGCUGUUCGAACAAGUGAUCCAGAAAAACACCCAGAACGAGAAAGCGAUCAGCUUGGUCCUGGAGUUGGCUGUUGGCAAAGUCCAGGACAUCAUUCAACGCAUGAUCAGAAUCUACGAACCCGCUAUCCUCAUUGUGGGAACAAGGGGCCGUAAUCUGGGUGGUAUGCAAGGAUUGCUACCAGGCUCCGUCUCCAAGUAUUGCUUACAGCAAUCACCGAUUCCUGUUAU